UUUCUGUUCUUGACGGACUUUUUUCUCGCACACCCAUCACAACCAUCAUCAUCGUUUCUUCAAUCAAGCAUUGCCGAUAUGCACUUCACUCAGAUUCUCGGUGCAGCGGUAUUGGGAGCUGGACUCGCCACGGCAGAUUUCAUGGUGUACACGGAGCCUCCCAUCCCGACAUCUGCCAUCCCAACGUUUUCGAACCAGGCGGAGGCAAAUAAAUGGACAACAAGCGUCUUCUUUAAUGCGGGAUUCGCUUUUGGCGCCUGGGAACGCGGCGAAGGUGCGCCCUACCAGUCGUCCAAAACCUCCGUACGCUCCGCGAUGAGCGCUUUUGUGGCAUCAAACGCAAACUACAGCAUCCCCGCCGCAGUCACGGAAACGGAUGGAACGACGUCGUUUUACACGGCUCCUCCAUGGUAUACAGCGCUGCCGAGUGGAGUGAGGGAGUUCAAAGAGAAGCAAGUCAGUGCAGAGUUCAGUGCUGUGCGUGACCAGAUCAUUGAGACGACUGCGGGGGCUGCUGGGGCGAGCAGAACAUCGCAGGGAGGUGCGGUGGUGCAGACGCCUGCCGUUGGGGUGUUAGGACUAGGUGGGAUGGGGGUUGCGGCUUUUGCUGCGGGAGUGUUCUUGUAG